CUCAUGGGGAUCGUGGUCUUUUACAGGCAGCGGGACGCCGUCGGCGGGCGGGGACGGGACUCCAUUUCCCAGGGUGCCUCGCACGACCGAGGAAGAAGCCCAUAAGGAAGGAGAGCAGGAGCCGUUAACCGAAUUCGCCCCCCCACCCACCUUGUAAAGUGCCCGGAGCACAAUGUACACACUGCUUUCCGGCCUUUACAAGUAUAUGUUCCGGCGAGAUGAAUACUGCAUCUUAAUCCUGGGAUUGGACAAUGCUGGAAAAACGACUUUUCUUGAACAGACAAAAACGAGAUUCAACAAGGCCUACAAAGGAAUGAGUUUAUCCAAAAUCACAACCACGGUCGGCUUGAACAUUGGCACUAUAGAUGUUGGCAAAUCUCGGCUGAUGUUUUGGGACCUCGGAGGACAGGACGAGCUUCAGUCUCUUUGGGACAAGUAUUACGCAGAAUCCCAUGGGGUCAUUUACAUUAUCGAUUCCACCGAUGAGGAAAGGCUGUCAGAAUCCAAGCGAGCUUUUGAAAAGAUGAUAACCAAUGAAGUUCUGGAAGGUGUCCCUUUGUUGGUUCUCGCUAACAAACAAGAUAUAGAGAACUGCCUCUCGAUCCCUGAUAUCAAGACGGCGUUCAGCGACUGCAUCAACAAAAUUGGGAAGAGGGACUGCUUGACCCAAAGUUGCUCGGCCCUCACUGGGAAAGGCGUCAACGAAGGCAUUGAGUGGAUGGUCAGGUCGGUGGUGAGGAACAUCCAUCGUCCCCCGAGGCAGAAGGACAUCACAUAGGAGGGACCACCAAGCGAUCGCCACGCCGGACACUUUGGCUCCUCCGCAGAGACUCUUCUCCUCCUUCCUCUUCGCCUCCCUUUCUCCUCCCCUCUCUCUGUCCCUCAAGGAGCUUCCUAGGACCCCCCUCCCCUCCCCUCUCCGAAUCAAAGAUACGUUUGUCCCCCUCUCGUGGCAUCUUGCAAGGGAUCUCAACCCCGAGAAGAACUGAGACGGGACCUCCUUUCCUUCCUGCUCUGCUGUCCCUCCUUGUGAGCAUGGAGUGGGACGGGGUGAUCGAUAUUCCAAAUAUGCAUAGGAUGCAUGUCCCCUUCUCUCCUUUUUUUUUUUCUUUUUUCUUUUGCAAAGCUACAAAUCUGUCGGAAAUUGGAAGACUUCUGGGGCUACUUGAUCAAACGGGGUCACGGAGCAGAGGGGGAACACCCCGUUUUCCAGGAAUCUACUGGGCCGUCCCAUAAAUCUGAUUUUGCACUUGUGUGGAAAAGGAGCGAUCGGCAGUGAGGGGGCGGACUCUUUUUUUAUAGCAAAUGUACACCUCACAAAUGCUGCAGAGAGAGAGAAAGAGAGAGAGAGAGAAAAAAAAGAGAGAAAUCACUGCCGGAGCUCUCUGUCCUUUUUUCAUCUCGGUUCCUAUAUUUGUGCACAGGAUUAAAACUGAUUUCUAGUCCUUUUCUGCUCCGUUGCCUUUCUCUAUGGUGUGAGUAGAAAAAAAAAAAGAAUCAAGUGUUCGUGCUAGAGAAGGACUCAUUGAGGAAAUGUUCCGGCUCUGGUCGCGGAAUGAGGCAACUCGCUUCGGCCAACUGACCUCCGGACAGUUCAGCGAUCCCAUUGAAUUGUUGAAAAUAAUUUAAACGACGAUUGUAA